UACCCAAGCUAUUCAAUGUAGCUCGCUAGCUGAAGAGUCAAUGUCAUCCUCUGAAGGCCCCUGUUAGACCUCGUCACCACAGAAACCAAGGCGGACCACUCAGAGGUCUGCUGGUGUGAAAAGCCUUGAUUCCAGCUGAAGAAGAACCAAACUCAGGGAGAUGGCCUCACCCUUCGUGCCUGUCCCCGUCCCCAUGGACCGAGCUCUGUCAGGCGGCAAGCUGAGGCGGCCGCAGCGCACCGCGUCUCUCGGAAGCGUCUCUAGCAGCUCAGAGUCCUCGUCCCCCGUCACCAGGUCAGCGAGGGAAGAGCGGAGAGGAUCGGGUUCACAGCGGCAGUCUCGAUGCGCGGACAGAGCCAACCGCAGCCUGACGCCCCCGCCCCUUCAGAGCCCCGUGACGCGGGCCAGGCUGAACGGGAUGCUGGACACUUCUGUCCAGUACUCCGCCUGUCCGCGGUCGGCUUCAGAUCCUGCUGGGAGCCAGCAAGCAGAGGAGAGGCCGAUCACCCCUACGGUCCUGGGGUACGAGGUCAUGGAGGAGAGAGCCAAGUUCACGGUUUAUAAGAUUCUGGUCAAGAAGAGAUCGGAUGAGAGCUGGGUUGUGUUUAGGAGGUACACAGAUUUCUCCCGACUCAACGACAAGCUAAAGGAAAUGUUCCCCGGCUUCCGGCUCUCGCUGCCUCCUAAGAGGUGGUUUAAAGACAACUACGACACGGACUUCCUGGAGGACAGGCAGCUGGGACUACAGGCUUUUUUGCAGAACUUGGUUGCACACAAAGACAUCGCCAACUGCCUUCCGGUGAGGGAGUUCUUGUGCCUCGAUGACCCACCUGGGCCUUUUGAUAGCCUUGAGGAGAGCAGGGCGUUCUGUGAGACUCUGGAGGAGAGCAACUAUCGCCUCCAGAAGGAGCUGCUGGAGAAGCAGAAAGAGAUCGACUCCUUGAAGAGGAAGCUGGAGGAGAGGGAGCAGACCAUCCUGAUGCUGGAGAAGCACUUCAAUGGGGGAUGUGCGAGCCCGGGGUCCUCAUGCGGUCUGUCGGCUCAGGGAAGUGAGGGCAGCGCAGACGUGGAUGUGGAGUCCUCUGCGGCGGAGGCAGAUCAGGACACACCUGACGACACGGGGGACAGGUGUCGGCUCCAGCCCGUGCGGUCCUCUGCUUGCUGGUGCAGGCCGUCGCUGAGCAGCUCUCCUCCGGUCAUCCAGGUCACUCAGUUGUUCCACAACAACGCCUAAGAUCAGCUCCAAGCCCUGUCCUUUAUCCUCUCUCUCUUUCGCCUCCAUCAUCCUUCUAUUUUCCAUGUUUCAGGCUGGAAGUGAUGUUUGACCUGAAAGAGUCGGAGUUUAUUCCCCUGCAGCAUAAAGUUCAGAGGAAGUAGCAUGACUCUGACUUUAGCCGUGGGUUAUUUUAUCUGGCAACUAAAACACUUAAGAAACUCCAAUGAAGCUGAUCUCUUUUCUCUGGAAUCUCGAUAUAAAUUUCUCUUGACUUCGACAAACUGGAAGACUUUAUUUCUUUGAAAAUCUGACAAUCUCCAACUAAAUUAACCAUCAACAUCUCAGACAUUCGUUGCCUUUUGAGAAGAAAUCUUCUCCGAACUGAUGGACAGCACCUCCAUGUGGCUGUGUGAGCAGAUCAUCAGGUUAAGCUCUGGGUGGUUCAAUAUGCAGGUCCCUUGUGUCAAUACUUUGUUCUGCCACUGACUUAUUAUAAACCAACAUUUUACCAUUUUGGGCCAGUUUGCAUCCAGAGGCCAUCAUUCCCUCUUGUUUUAAGUGCCAAGUGUGGUAUGGAAGCUCCAAACUGCAGAACCAAUGUGGAGCACAUAGCUGAUAUGUAUACAAAUCAUUUUAAUGACGUUUAAACGGGAGAAAAGAAUGAACCUGUCCUGUUAAUCCAAUCAUUACUUAAUAAUGUAGCUGAGGUUGAAUUUAACAUUUCAGCCUGUUUACUUCAGUGGUUUUCCUCCUUACCUCCUUAUGUUAACGUGCAGCUUUGGUUUGAUAUGUGGGGGAUUUGACAUGAACAUGCACUUUAAGAUAUUAGACUCUAUGUUAAUGAUUCAUGUUGAAAUGAUUUGCUUUUGAUGCUUGAUGUGUUUAAUUCUCUAUGAAAUAUGUCAACACUAAGAAUUAGGUUGUCUUUUUUUUUUAUUAAAACCACAAACCUCGUUUUAUCAGAUG